UAAGCGGGAGUUACAGAGACAAAAGCUUGGCAUGCCGAAAAACAUCUCAUGGUGAAAAAGAAUGGCGGACGGGGUUGGGGAGGCAAUGUGGUUGACACACAAAACCUACAUAGAGGAAUUGUAGGUAGAACCCAAGUCACUACCAGACUUAUCAGGCUCUGCCCGAGAAUUUCGGACUUUUAUCUCAUAGCCAGUGGGUGCAGCAGAAAGAUUUGGGGGAAAUGUGACAGGUUAGACUUGUAUUUCCAGCACUACUGGCAGUUGGGGAGCAGUGGGACAAAGGAUGUAGAGCAAGACGACAGGAAUACCGCAACAUCCGUGAAGGAUGAGGAAGGUUGGACAAGGAUACUGGCAGGAAUACCUGAUACUCCCUUCAGUAAGGACAGAAAUGGUCAUGUGAAGCGACCUAUGAAUGCAUUUAUGGUUUGGGCAAGAAUCCACCGGCCAGCACUAGCCAAAGCUAACCCAGCCGCCAACAAUGCAGAAAUCAGUGUCCAGCUUGGGUUAGAGUGGAACAAACUUAGUGAAGAACAAAAGAAACCCUAUUAUGAUGAAGCACAAAAGAUUAAAGAAAAGCACAGAGAGGAAUUUCCUGGUUGGGUUUAUCAGCCUCGUCCAGGGAAGCGAAAACGCUUCCCUCUAAGUGUUUCCAAUGUAUUUUCUGGUACCACACAGAAUAUUAUCUCUACAAAUCCUACAACAAUUUAUCCUUAUCGCUCACCUACCUACUCUGUGGUAAUUCCCGGCCUUCAGAACACCAUCACUCAUCCAGUUGGUGAAGCCACACCUGCAGUCCAGCGCCCAAGCCCCAUCACACUUUUCCAGCCCAGCGUCUCCAGCACUGGCCCGGUGGCCGGUCCGCCUCCAAGUCUGACGCCCCGCCCAUCACUCCCUUCUCAGCGCUUCACUGGGCCUCCGCAAACUGACGUUCAUAGGCUUCCUUCAGGAACCAGUCGCUCUGUGAAGAGACCCACUCCAGUGUCUCUGGAGAGCACCAGCAGGAUUCCAGCUGGUGCAAGUACUGCCCAUGCCAGAUUUGCAACCUCACCUAUCCAGCCUCCCAAGGAAUAUGCCAGCGUUUCCACAUGUCCCCGAAGCACUCCAAUUCCCCCAGCUACUCCCAUUCCACACUCACACGUCUAUCAGCCCCCACCCCUUGGUCAUCCAGCCACACUUUUUGGGACACCGCCACGAUUCUCGUUUCAUCACCCUUACUUCCUACCUGGACCUCAUUACUUCCCGUCAAGCACGUGCCCUUAUAGUCGGCCUCCUUUUGGCUAUGGGAAUUUUCCAAGUUCAAUGCCAGAAUGUCUUGGUUACUAUGAAGACAGGUACCAAAAGCAUGAGGCUAUCUUUUCAGCUUUGAAUAGAGACUAUCCUUUCAGAGACUACCCAGACGAGCACACACACAGUGAAGAUUCUCGGAGCUGUGAGAGCGCGGACGGGCCCCCGUACUACAACAGCCACGGGCACAGUGGGGAAGAGUACUUGAAUCCCAUGCCUCCACUGGACAUUGGAGCCCUGGAGAAUGUCUUCACAGCCCCAGCGUCUGCUCCCUCUGGUGUCCAGCAAGUCAAUGUCACUGACAGUGAUGAGGAGGAAGAAGAAAAAGUGCUCAGGAAUUUAUAAUUUAAAACAAAUAUGCACAGAAAAUAAACAUUUCUUAAAAUA